GCUGCUUUUGAAAUAUCUUCUGCCCGGCUUUCAGCGGCCGGCACAUCCUUUGACCCCGCCCUGAUACAAUUCAGCACACGUCGUGCCGAAGGUGUGCCAAGACGGUCGGGCAGGGAGGUGGUCCAACCGGGGCCCGCCAACGCCUCUUUCCCAGGGUCGCAUUUUCUUGUGCCCGGCUCAGAAACUGCCCUAAAAGAAAUGGGCACACACACACACACGCACACACGCACAAGCAGAUGUCAGCACGACCUAGUGGCUAACAUCCUUUUAGGUAUGCACAGGCACUGUCCGGAGUCUAUGCGCACACAUACAUGCAUAUGGAUACACUUACACCCAAUGACACUAUACUUGGGCGCAUAUACGUUUCUUAGGCCAGGGUUUAUGGCCCUUUGGCCCAGUAUGAAUAUAUCCGGCUCAAAACAGAUGCCGGUUAUCUGGCCUUUUUGGAAAUACAGAUUGCAUCCUAGCUUCAGCGCCCUCGACUUCCUCUUUCUCCUCUCUCCGGCACACCAACAUUUCAUCCACGUCUCCGGACAACAUGUCCACUGA